AUGAUAGAAAGCGUGACCCGCAGUCACUCACUUAGCGAUCUCAGCGGAUAUUAUCGUUGGGGCGAUAGAUACAAGCCACAAUGGCAUACUGUAUAUCAGUACACACCUUACAGAUGGCGUCGUGAUUGGGAAUUGUACGACGACUAUUGGUACGAUCGCUAUUAUUACUUCUCACCGCUUUACAAUACCUACACUUCACCCUAUAAGCGGUAUUACUACAGGUAAAA